AUGCAGAUUACUACGCCCUUAUUGAUAUUCAUUGCUUCCGUUACCUUGGCAUCGGCAGGUCCGAUCAAUACACAUAACGACGUAAUCCGCCGAACUAAUCAACCUCCAAAGCGCUGGGUCGUCGUCAACACCAUCAGCACUUCCCAAGAAGGCCGUAGAAGACGGCAUGCUCCCACGGAUCCUGGAGAUCAAGUGAAGGCUGCAGAAACGAGCUCCGUCGCCGAACCAGCGACGGCUUCUACAGGCAACGGCUCCGAGGACGGCAAAGUACCCGCUGUGGGUGUUGGCGCAGGAAAUACUAGCGAUCUGAGUUUUUUGACGCAAACUGCCACUGCCACAACGUCCACACCUGGCGCAACCGUGUCGUCGUCGGACACUAUUACAACCACAGCAGCAGUAGCAGGGGCGGCAGUGACCGCAACGGAUUCAAGUGGUAAUUCCGAGACAACUUCUGCCAGCAAGGGAUCAGAGGAUGGAAAAGUGCCCGCAGUAGGUGUUGGUGCAGGUAACACGAGCGACUUGAGUUUCUUGACGCAGACAGCCACGUCGACGGCCACCAGCAGUGCCUCGAUUGUGUCAGAAACCACCGUGGCAACCACGGUUGUAGCUUCGGAUGAUGGCAGCACAGCACAAGCAACGCAAGACGGAGCCGACCUGACCACAACGAGCGGAAAUGGAGGUGGAAUUGCGUCAAAGACAUUCGCAGCAGGUUCAGCGACAACCUCAUCAUCAUCAUCGUUCUCAUCGUUGGAGACACCUACACCUCCGGCAACGGUGACUGGUAUUUCUGACGCUGCACAGCCCACAUUCGAAUCUACGCCCCUCGACCCAGCUGCUGCCUCUACAUCUGUCGGUGGCGGUGAUCCAAACACCUCUUCAGUGAUAGGAACCGGGACUGCCAUCGUGCCACCAGCACAAGCUGAGACCGUCACGUCGCCCCGGCCAGGAUUCGAUGACUUCACAUCAACCACUACUGUUCUGGCACAAACAACAGUAUUCACGACGAUUGACGUCACCGCUGAAGUCACUGCCGCCUCAGCCCCAACCACAACUUUGUCUGACACUAACGGUGUGAGCGCAGGGGCAGGGGCAGGGACAGAGGCCAGCCAAGAAGCUGAACCAACGACGCAACAGAGUCAACAGUCUUCUACCGACCUCUCCUCCGUACCGAAUUCAGCAUCGACCGAGACCGAGGCCGGGGCAGGGACCGAAACAUCAUCACCUUCGCCAUCACCGUCCCCUUCGUCACCAUUGGCAUCGGUGACGGUGGUUUUCGUUACUGCCUCACCUGCGACUACGAUAACCCCGGGUCUAGGGACGAUUGGCGUCGCGGAGACGGCACUACCACUACCCGGUCUUACGAGUAUAGCGGUCGACAGCAGCUCGCGUACUUUGUCUUCUUCUUCUUCUUCUUCUUCUUCUUCUUCUUCUUCUUCAUCAUCAUCAUCAUCGCCAUCGUCAGCCGCACAAGAGUCCAACGAUCAAUCUGGCGCCGCUGCACUAUCACCAGUCGAGACGGGUGUGUCCCCAGAAGGAACCGAAGGGCCCGGCCGCCCGGUUACCUUGUCCACGGCAUCCCCGACUCUCCCACCAGCGGUGACGACCUCUUUGACCACGGCGUCUGUGCAGCCAAGCGGGACAGAAGGGGAAGGAGGGCAGGGGCCGGCCAGCAGCACCCCGAACACGACGACGGCCCAAGGUCCAAACCAAGGUCCAGCAGGGCCCGUGGCCGUCGUUCCCGUCACGCCGAGCCCCGUAGUGACGCAGGCACAAGCUCAAGGCGCUGCAGGACCGCCCACCGUGACACAGACAAUCACCGAGACCGUGACGACGACCGUGACGGUACGAUGA